AUGGAGGUGGAAGGGGGAGAUGGGGGUGGAUUAGUUGGUGGCUUUGGGAAUAGAUUCUACGCAAUUCAGCGCUUACCGAGGGCGCUCGAGAGUAUUGCUGCUAUUUGGAACCAGGGUGUUUAUUUGACUCUAACAAUACUCUCACCGCUUUCCUCCUUCCUAACAGUGGAGGAAGAUGAAGAUGAAGAAGAGAGCAACCUGAACAGUGACGACGAUGAUGCAGCGGAAAAAAAUGCAGCGGCAAAGGAGCAGGACGCGCCGUCCGAAGACGAGGAAGGGGAAGGUGACACGGCUAAGAAAGCCAAGAAAGCGGCCUCCAAGGCGAAAGCGGUGAAGCCCGCCAAAAACGCCAAGCAGCGGAAAGCUGCGGAACAGGAGGACUCCAACGACAACGAGGAGGAGGAGCCGAAGAAGAAGAAGAAGUCGAAAAAAGCAGAUGAAGAGGAGUCCGACGACUAGCCAUUGGCGACCCGGGGCACCGAAGAAUAAACAUUCUGAGCCCACUGGA